AGUUGUUCGGAUGGGGUCGCAAACAGAUUUUCUGAUAUUGUUGAUGAGAACAACAAUACAAAAAAGUCGAUGAGCCGAACGAUGUGUUAUGUUCCAGAUUGCAAAAAUAGAUAUCGACCAGAUAUAUCGUUCCAUUCCUUCCCUAAAAAGUCAGACAAAAAACGAUACAUGACAUGGUUGCAACGACUCAGAAUCAAAAUCGAGCCAACGAAAACUGCUCGUGUAUGUAGUUCACAUUUCUCUGCAAUAAAUUUCUUUCCCCCAAGCAUGAACCGUACCACACAGAGAUUAAUUCUCAGGCCUUCUGCAAUCCCCGACACAAAUUUGCCUUGUGUUCCUACUACGGAACUAAAACAAAAACUGAUUGAUUGUCGCUCAAUCCGUGCCUCAAAUCGGCAGAAUCCUGAAAAACGAAAAAAGGCAAGAACUAUGUCACCUGAAGUAAAUUCUGGCAAAGAAUUCAAUGAAGUAGCACGCGUUAUGGUUGAAAAGCACAUUCAAGUUGAUAGCAUUGAUUUGAAAAACCUUCAUCUGAAACGAACUCUUGCGAUUUCCUUUGAGAACGAUGACGAAUUGCUAGCUUGGACGGGGCUGAAAUCGCGUAUCAUGUUGGAUUCCAUUGUCAAAGCUAUUAUGCUUUUGAAACAAUACCGCGACAAACCUCAUUCAUCAGUUAGCUUAGAAGAAGAAGUACUGAUUGUUUUUAUCAAACUAAAAACUAAUCUAACAUUUCGGUGUAUAUCGGGUAUAUUUCGUUUGCACUCUCAAACGAUUUCGUCUUGUUUCCAUAGAACUUUACCAUACCUGAGUGCUGCUCUCAAACCGCUUAUAUACUGGCCUUCUGAGAAGCAAAUUGCUAACAAUACACCCUAUUACUUUAGGCCUGAUUUUGAAGACGUUGUUGCUGUGCUGGACUGCACUGAAAUUUCAAUAAUGAAACCCAAGUGUUUGCAUUGCAGAAUAAAUACAUAUUCGCACUAUAAAUCACGUGAGACGGCAAAAUAUUUGGUGGGUGUGUCACCUGGUGGAAGCAUAAUUUAUAUUAGUGCAGGAUAUGGAGGUAAAACAUCUGACAAACAAAUUGUUUUAGAGGAGAAGGUUUUAGAUCGGUUCAAGCCAGGUCAAGCAGUGAUGACGGACAAGGGUUUCAUGAUUGGAAAAGAGUGCGAACAAAAAGGCAUUAAACUUGUCAGACCCCCAUUUUUACAUGCCCCAGCGAAGCAGUUAAGCAGAAUGGAUGCAACUCUUAACAUCUCCAUUGCAGCAGCACGGGUACACGUUGAACGCGCUAUUCAGCGAAUAAGAAUAUUUUCGUUUUUUAAUUCUAAGGUAGACUCAAGAUUUGUUCCUGUAUUAGAUGAACUCAUAAUUAUUGCUUGUGCAAUUGUUAAUUUAUCGAAUCCGAUAUUGUCAAAUAAAAGAUUUUAGUUCGUUUUGUUUUAAUAAUUCGUUUUAAUUCUUCAGUGUGUAAAGGUUCUUCAAAUAAACAUUAAAGUACACCUCUUUCAAGCUAUUUAGCAUAUUUACAACAAAUUCUUCAUCAUAAUUAAUAUUAAUGAUGUAACACUGUUCGUCAAAUUCAGAAUAAAUAACAAAAUCUGCUGAAGUGCAUUCAAGAAUGAACAUAUUUAGUUGUACCUGGGCAUGGUACUGGUGAUUUUUACGAAGUAUCGAGGUGUUUUUAGUUAUAUACGGCAAAUUUUCAAUUGUAUCACGAAUUCCUAAGGUUUUUCCUACAAAUGGACAUUUUAUCUCAAUUAUUUUCCGUUCCUCAACAACCAAACCAUCUGGAGAACAUCCAAUCCAAGGCACACGCGGUGGUAUGACUAAUCCACACCGUGAAACUUUUUUCC